UGGCAACGGGCGCCGAAUCACGGGGGCUCUGCACUUCCGCUUCCGGUUACCCUCUCACCCCAGGAUGGCGGCGCCCGUGGGACCGGUGAAGUUUUGGAAGCCGGGCACUGAAGGUCCUGGCGUCAGCGUCUCGGAGGAGAGGCAGAGCCCUGCAGAGAGCAGUGGUGUAACAGUCAUCUAUAAUCCUUAUGCUUCUCUGUCUAUUGAACAACAAAGACAAAAGCUGCCUGUUUUUAAGCUAAGAAAUCACAUACUUUAUCUAGUGGAGAGCUAUCAAACUCUGGUGAUUGUUGGAGAAACAGGAUGUGGGAAGUCGACGCAAAUUCCACAGUACCUAGCAGAAGCUGGCUGGACAGCUGAAGGAAGAGUGGUUGGGGUGACACAGCCUCGUCGGGUUGCUGCUGUUUCAGUUGCAGGCCGAGUUGCUGAUGAAAGAGGUGCAGUGUUGGGUCAUGAAGUUGGAUAUUGCAUUCGUUUUGAUGACUGCACGGAUCCCCAGGCUACAAGAAUUAAGUUCUUAACCGAUGGUAUGCUGGUAAGGGAGAUGAUGGCUGAUCCUCUGUUAACAAGAUACAGUGUUCUCAUGCUGGAUGAAGCCCAUGAAAGGACUCUUUAUACAGAUAUUGCCAUUGGAUUACUAAAAAAGAUUCAAAAGAAGCGUGGAGAUCUUCGACUGAUCGUGGCUUCAGCCACCUUGGAUGCAGAGAAAUUCAAGGAUUUCUUCAACCAAAAUGAUACCGGUGACCCCAGCAAAGAUACCAGUGUGAUCCUUACUGUGGAGGGGAGGACGUUUCCAGUUGACAUCUUUUACAUACAGAGUCCUGUUCCUGAUUAUAUAAAAUCAACUGUGGAAACUGCAAUGAAAAUUCACCAGAUGGAGAAUGAUGGUGAUAUACUGGCAUUUUUGACUGGCCAGGAGGAAGUGGAGACUGUAGUUUCUAUGCUAAUAGAACAGGCUCGGGCCCUUUCUCGCACUGGAAUGAAAAAGCACCUCCGUGUUCUCCCCAUGUAUGCUGGGCUGCCUUCUCCUGAUCAGAUGAAAGUAUUUGAGAGAGUUUCUCGCAGUGUCAGGAAGGUGAUAGUAGCCACCAACGUUGCUGAGACUUCUAUCACCAUUCACGGCAUUGCGUAUGUAAUCGAUUGUGGUUUUGUGAAGCUUCGAGCCUAUAAUCCCAAAACAGCCAUUGAAUGCCUUGUGGUGGUACCAGUGUCCAAGGCUUCAGCUAACCAGAGAGCAGGACGUGCAGGCCGGAACCGCUCUGGGAAAUGUUACAGGCUCUAUACAGAGGAAGACUUUGAGAAGUUGCCCAAGUCCACUGUUCCUGAGAUGCAGCGCAGCAACCUUGCACCUGUCAUCUUGCAGCUGAAGGCUCUGGGAAUUGACAACGUGCUCAGGUUCCCCUUCCUUUCGCCACCUCCUGCACAGUCAAUGGUACAAGCUUUAGAAUUACUGUAUGCUUUAGGAGGUUUGGAUAUGCACUGCCGUUUAACUGAGCCCCUGGGGAUGAGAAUAGCAGAGUUUCCUCUGAAUCCAAUGUUUGCAAAGAUGCUUCUGGAAUCAGGAAAUUUUGGCUGCUCCCAGGAGAUUUUAACAAUUGCUGCAAUGAUGCAGAUUCAGAACAUCUUUUUGAUCCCGCCGAAUCAAAAAUCUCAAGCUGCCAGGCAACACAGAAAGUUUGCUGUGGAGGAAGGAGAUCAUCUCACUAUGCUUAAUGUUUAUGAAGCCUUUGUCAAACACAGCAAAAGCUCUCAGUGGUGUCAGGAACACUUUCUGAACUACAAAGGACUUGUUAGAGCUUCUGUUGUAAGGGAGCAGCUCAAAAAGCUUCUUGUACGCUUUAAAGUGCCAAAGAAGUCCAGUGAAGGUGAUCCAGAUCCUGUUCUAAGAUGCAUAGUUUCUGGAUUCUUUGCUAACGCAGCUAAAUUCCACUCUACAGGAGCUUACAGGACUAUCCGUGAUGACCAUGAACUUCAUAUCCACCCUACUUCAGUACUGUAUGCAGAGAAACCUCCACGCUGGGUAGUGUACAACGAAGUCAUACAGACUGCCAAGUACUACAUGAGAGAUGUGACUGCCAUUGAAUCUGCAUGGCUCGUGGAGCUGGCACCUCAUUUUUACCAGCAAGGAACGGUACGGAAUCGGCAUAAAGCCCAAACGCAUCUCUCCUUGAAGGCAAAAAGGGCGAAAGUAGACGACCACUGAUUUGAUGUGACUUAAGCCUUGUGAUGGCAGAUGCUGAAUCUACCAGUGAUUUGGAGCUGGCUGCAGUCCACCCAGCAGCCAUUUCAUUGCCAACGUGAUCUUACAUCAACUUAAAUGUUAAAUGCCUGCCAGGACCUGUAGGGAUUUGUGCAUGACCAGUACACUAUAAACCUAUGUAGAGCUUGCACUGCAGACAUUUUAUUCUUUGCCUAAUUGACCACUGUUGUUAAUGUAGGCAUGUUGCUCCUUUUAAAUAGAUAGACAAAAAAAAAGAGGACAUGCAGGACCACAAAAAAAGGAAAAGAAAAAAAAAAAUCCUUCAAGAGGGAAAUGGAUUUCCUGGAGUGAUGUCUGCCUUAUGAGAGUGGGGAAUAGGGUACCCUGCCUCCUGUUACCUAGAGCACUGUGACUACUGCCAGCCAAACUGAGGCUGACUCCUGACAGCAGGUAGCUCAGGGCAAUGAACCACCCUUGAAAUGCAAGGGACUGUCAUGGAAACAUUGCUUUCAUGUUGGACCAUAGCAAAGUGGUGCAGCUUGUGCUCCCAAGCAGUAAAAGUCUCUUGCCUGAUGCUGAGCUGCCUCUUGCUCCCUGUCUUUCAAUAAGUAUAAUGUCUCAAUUCCAUACAGUAAUAUUUGAGAGCCCUUGUCUGGGGAAGGGGAGAGAGAGUAGCUCAACCUUUUUGAAAGGAUUAGCUUUUUUCCUCAAUCAGGGGAAAUCACACAUGUUCACAGUUACUCAAAUUCACUGCUGAGACUUUACUCUUUUUCUCUCCCUUGAUAAGAAAAGCUGUUAACUUCUCAUUGCUUGGAAACCAGAGAGCACUGGUUUUGGCCUCUUGUUUAGCAGAGAUGAAAAUAUUCUUAUUAGGAAAGUAUAAAACCACAGUCCUAUGUAUUUUUUUCUAAUGAAGAACUUGUCCUUUGCUGCUUGGGACCACAUGUGUUUCUGUAAGAGAAGAAUGCUCUGAACAUUUGCUUCUUUAAUCAGGAUUCCAUGGCUACUUUUCAGUAAAGAGCUGUAUUUUAGUGUGUUUCAACAAGACAGCAUGUGUACAUAUAUUUAUUUUUUUCUAUCAAUAUUUAUUUUAGAAACAUGUCUAAAAACUUUAUUUUUGUAAAGCAGUUGAUUUGAUGAAUGCUUUUGACAUGUUAGCCAUGAUCUUCUUUUUUAAUUAAGAAAAAAGAGACUGAAGUAUGUAAAUAGACAAAAGUUGCAUAAAGUGAAAUGCCUCCUUUAUCACAGGACUGCCUUGGAAACUUUCCUGGAUUUUUCUUUAUGUUCUCCUGUCCAACCACUGCAGGAAGCAUGUUCCAUCAUGUGCAGUGUGCAGUGCCUCCAUGAUGGCCAGCACAGAAAGAUGUACUGGUCCCCGUGGAUGGCACCAGCAGCAUUACAAGCAACAUCACCUUCUUUGUCAUUUUCACUGUGAGCCUCACCUUUGUAUUACUCUCUUUUAGAAUGGAAGCUCUUUGGGGCAGGGACUGUCUCCCAACCAGAGCUGAGAGCACUGUUGGCACUUAUUAAAAAGAUUCAAUUUACAGUUUUUUGUUAUUUUUCUUUUCUCUUAAAGGAUCAGAGAAAGAACUGAAUACGAAGACUUUUAAAACGUCUGUGUCCCUCUGUCCUCUGGGAAUAUUUUUAAGACAAAUAAAGGCAUUGAAUCAAAGAA